AUGAGCAUUUUAGCCUCAAGCCACGCCAAGGGGACAGUCCUUCGCUUCCUCUUAUUGCUUGCUACUGGAGCCGUGAAUCUCCAAAUCGCAUCAGCAGGUUGUGAUUACCUACUUACCGUGGGUAAUCGAGGCGGUGUUGACAGGUUCAACGACGAAACACAGUUUUUGGCGGCUGGCGGGGCUACGACUACCUGUACCGUUUCCUCCGGUUCCAAUUAUUGUGACUAUGCAUAUCUUGAAAUUGUCUAUGGCGAUGGUGUGGAUGGCUCCAAUGCCUACAAUGGCAACACGGGCAGCGUUGGUUCCAUAACUACUGGAGGCACAAUUACAAGCUGUGACUUUUCAAUUUCAAUGAGUGAUCCCAAUGAUGCCACCGUUUUGGGCUUGGAAUUGUUUUGGAGAAGCCGUGGCAACGUUCAGAUUACUUGUUCCUGCGACAGAGCCAUUCCCCCCCACCGAUUCUCCUACGCGCGCCCCGUGGCGUGCACCACUUCCACCACCAGAGGAUGA